CUGAAAAGAGCUUACGGCGUUACGAGCAAAGAUCUUCUACUGUCAAGACAUUCAUUCAGUACACACCCCGAACAUGUUGCUCGCAACAAUGCUCGCAGCGCUGGCUGCUGCAUUGCCAAUAGCAACUGCACUCGACAUUGACGUCGAUGACCCUGCAUCAAUUCGCGCUGCAUCUCAGUCUCUUGCGUUCGGUCUACAGUCCUUCUACCAGAACAAUAUGAGCAACACAGCAUCAACGGCCAUUGGCACUCUCCCUGCGCCGCUGUACUGGUGGCAAGCGGGUGCCAUGUGGGGAGGCAUGGUCGACUACUGGGCGUAUACGAAUGAUUCCAGUUACAACGCUGUGAUCACACAAGCACUACUGGCUCAAGUCGGUCCCGAUUGGAACUACAUGCCACCGGCGUAUUUCGCCUCACUUGGUAACGAUGACCAGGCUUUCUGGGCCCUCGCAGUACUCUCGGCAGAAGAGUAUGGCUUUCCGUUUCCUGCAGGCCAACGAGUCUCGCGAUGGAUCGAUCUCGCCAUUGCGGUGUGGAACACACAAGUGGCUCGCUGGAACACUACGAACUGCGGUGGAGGAUUGAAGUGGCAGAUAUUCCAAUCCAACAAAGGCUACGACUAUCGAAAUUCAAUCAGCAACGGCGCAUUCCUACAGAUCUCCGCUCGACUGGCCCGCUUCACUGGUAAUAAGACCUACGUCGACUGGGCUGAGCGUACAUGGGACUGGAUGGACGGCGUUGGGCUUAUUUCGUCUAAUUACCAAGUCUUUGAUGGCUCCGACGACACCAUCAACUGCACCCAGCUCGAUCACACCCAGUGGACAUACAAUCCUGCUGUACUUCUCUACGGCACUUCCAUCAUGGCUAACUUCACCAAUGAGCAAGUAUGGAAGGACAGAACGGAAGGUCUGCUGACAUCGAUUGAGAACACAUUCUUCCUGCCUGGUGGCGAUAUCAACAACUCAACAGAUGUCAUGUACGAGGCAUCUUGCGAGCCGUUCGGCACUUGUAACAACGAUCAGUACUCAUUCAAGGCGUACCUCGCUCGCUGGCUCUCGAAAUCUGCAGUGGUGUAUCCCAGCAUUGCCGACAAUAUCGCAAAGCGUCUCCGAGCUUCAGCAAUAGCGGCUGGGAAAUCCUGCUCUGGACCCUCCCAAACGCAAAGCUGUGGGCAGAAGUGGUAUACCGGUGGCUACGAUGGAUCAUUCGGCGUUGGCCAGCAAAUGUCCGCCCUUGAAACCGUACAGUCCCUUUUGCUGCUGAACCAAACAUGGUCACCACGCCGUGCCCCUCGGUCGGAGUCAAGUGUCCCGAUAGAAGCAGUCCCAGUAACGAGUCCGCCAAAACUACGUCCACGUCUCAGAAUCUUCUAGUCACGCUUGUGACACAGACCGUAUUGACGAUGAUGAUGCCUAUCGCACUGACUGGAGUGGCGUUGGUCGGGUUUGCUUUGGGAUAGGGGGAGGGGGGAUAUCAUCAUCCCCCCCUCACUGAUUUUUGUACUUUUCUUUUUUCCUAGGCACUCAUCAGGUCACAAUGGUGUGAAUGGGGGUAAAAACAGAUGAAAAUCGACAGACAGAUUGAGUCCUUGAUACAGGAGAGAAGAGAAAGCGUGGCAUGAUGAUUCAUUCAUUCUCCACGCAUCCAACGACACACGAUU